CUGCAUGACAAAAUUUCAUACAGCGUUACGUAAUAUUUGAUUUGAUACUUUCUUGUUCCCUGCAUGUUCCGAUUAAUCAGGAAACAUAUCGUAUCUUCUAUUACUUCCAAUGUUCCACCAGAAAUGACACUUUCCUCUCUCACACGCAUUGUCUCUGUUUCUAGACACGCUUUUAAUUAUCAUCAUGCCGAUGUUAAUUUUCUCUUUUUUGUCCCACUAAUUGGUCAGGUUUAUUGGAAAAAUGAGACGCAUGAACUCGUUUUUUCAAUGGCACCAUUUGAGUUAUUUCAUUUUGAGUAUAUAAUAUGGUAAAACAUAAACUAUUAGAUAAAAGCUAAGUACGAUGAGUUCACUCUGUUAACCAGACGAGUCAAUUGUAAUGAUCUAGAGCAAUGAAUAUCAAAUAUUAUUGGAUUUAAACAAUAUUUAUGAUCAUUUUUUUUUGCUAAAUUUAUUUUUAUUUAUCAAUACUCAUUCAUUUUUUAUAUUGUUUCGCAUGUUAAGAAUUGCACUAUAAAGACUACAGAAACAUACCUCUGUUAAGUGUUUAGUUAUGAUUAUGAAAUUAUGAUACGACAAAGGGAAUAUAGUGUAUAUAGUUAUAGACUUCUUUUUUCAACGUAUAUAGUUAUAGACUUAUAAAUAUAUAAUUUUUUGGUUUCUGUUAAUGUAUAUUUUUUUAUCAAAAAAUAAAGUAAUUCUUUUAAAUAGUCUUUUUAAGUUUUUAUCACUAAAAUAGCCCUUUAAAAUGACCAAAAUAAUUCAUUUUAUUUCAAAAAAUUUCAUAUUUAUUUUUUUUUAAAGAAAACUUACCUCUUAACUUUUCUAAAUUAAUUAUUCUUAGGGUAUAAAUGUAUAUUUACACUCUAAUAAAAAUAUUUAUGGUCAUUUUUUUGUUUAAUGACUAUUUUGUGAAAAUAAAUUAAAAAAAUAUAACAUAGAGAAUUUCUCAAAAAAAAAUUGUAAUUAAGGAUAUCUACGUGGAGAUGACAAUGCGCAAGCGGGAGUGCAUGGCACAUUUACGUGCCGAAAAAAAUGCCUGAAACCAUCCUCCAAUGACCAAAUAUUUCUUUCAUGUUAAGGCAAAUUGUCUCUCACGUCACAUUUCUUACUUUUGAUUUUUUAAUUUAUAAACUUUUGUUAAUAAUGUCAAAUUACAUCACACACACGUCGGAAAAUAUUAACAAUUGCAUAUUUGAACGUGACCCGUCAUGUUCUGUUAUGAUCUUCUUUUUCUCUUCACCUUUAUCUAUUUGUAUCUUUUCUUUGACCAAUCAACUAUUUCCCCAGUCCUCACCAAGUUUACCUGUCGACAUACAUAUUCGAUUGCUCGUAUAUUAUAUAGUCAAAAUAUCUUAUCCGACUACGGACAUGGACCCCGAAAAUGAUGAAGACUAUAAAGCUCGAAACUGAAUGGUUUGAAAAUAUAUAGUUGAAAAUAUACAUGAUACAAGAUCAAUGCAUGGGAUGGAUAAGGUAAUGCAUAAAUAUUGACUAUUUUAAUCAAUUAUACAAUAUCGAAGAAUAUCACUGUCGAUCAUUUGAUGUCCAAAUAUUGUAUACAACGACUCAACAAUGAGAAAAAAAUAUAUUAAGUUUACUCUUAUGAUAAGACAUCAAAUAUUAUCCACGGUUAGGCAGAAUCGACACUACCCACUUCAAAUAAAAAUAUACGUUCGCAUCUUAGAUGUCGUUGUGACAUAUAUUCCUUCUUUGAAUUAAAAGUGUUAACAACAACUACCGAAUCAUAUAUGUCUUAACAACUAACUAAUCAUUCACCUUUUAUACUUUCCGAAAUUCAUGUAUUUAUAAUCAUCUAUAGCUAAAUACAAUGUCCGCUAAGUUUCGUCAUGCAUAUUUCUAAUAAUAAAUUAAAUAUAUAUUCAUUAACUUUUUUUUGAAACACAUAUAUUCAUUAACUAUAUAUGGUACAUACACCAUGUGAAUAUCACAUGGGUGACGAAUUGAUGAAACAUUUUGUAUGUUUUAUUUUACUAUUUUCAUGCUUCUUUAUAUGAAAUAUAUAAAUUAUAACCGAUCUUUCUUAUCAUAGCAUAAAAUAAAGUAAUAAAGGCAUCAGAAAGUAGCAAUGCCAACGCAAAAAGCUCCAAAGCCACGACGUCCCCCUUCUGCAUGGCUCCAUUUGCUCUAACCUAUUAAAAAGUGUUACGUAAUAUCUGAUUUUACUUUAUCUUGUUUUAUGCUCCAGUUAACUAGGAAACAUAUCUUAUCCCAUAUACAUAUAUGUGAAAAAAAAUAAAAUCAGACUAGAAAAGGAGAAAAGAAAAGUAAAAAAAAAGCUUGCUAUUUUGCCAACUUGUAGGUAAAAAGCUUAUUGGAGACUAACGUCAAUCCGAGUUAUCAUCUUUCUUUUUAAAAACCUUUACAAAAAUCUUGUAUGGCAUCUCUAAUAUCAAAACUUUAUAAGUUUAAAUUGUGAUUUUCAUCAUCAAUUUGAAUGAAUUCUUAAAUUGAAAAUUAAACGUUUCUAGACAUUUGAAGAAGAUCAACAAAAUUGCACUCCGAAGUUGUUUUGAUAUUUGAAAAUCGCAAACAAAAAUUUAAACACCUAACCAGUUCUUGAUAUUACUUAACCAGUUGUGUCCUUACAUGGAUUUGGUAGUUUGAAACCCUUUAUUUAUUUAUAUGUUUAUGUAUCUUUUUAACUAUACUAUAUUACACCAAAAAAAAAAAUCUUUUUAACUAUAUGAUUAUUUUUUCCUCUAAAACAAUAAAGAAAAAUAGAGCAUAUGCUCGAUCUUCUCAUUGCCUUUAACCCCAAGAAAGUGGCUUUAUGUGUGUCUUGAUGACCCAUACAUGACUCAUACUUUACCAUAAAGGUCUCAAGACUCAACGAUUCAAAGCUUUGUUUCAACUGCCUCUUGUCUCUUUGUCUUUCCCUUUAAAUAACCAUCUCACCACACAGGUUUCAUCACUCACAAUCUAUCCAUCUUUCAAGAUCACUACUCAAUCCUCCAAGAUGACAUUGAGCACAGUCCACCAAGAAGUUCUUGCAUUCCCUGCAGUCAAGACUGCUCCUGCUGGUUACUUACCUGACCCAGCUUCCAUCAACAAGGUCCAAAUCCCAUCUCCUUCCAAGAAAUCUGAACAAAGCAAGAAAAAAUCGAUUCAGCGAACCAAUAGCUUCACGGACGGAUCUAGCGACCAGAGCAAGUUAGGACCAAAGCUGACCGAAACAGUCAAGAGAAAGCUAUCCCUAGGAGCUAAGAUCAUUCAAAUGGGAGGCUUAGAGAAGAUUUACAAGAGGCUCUUUAGUGUCUACGAUGAAGAUAAACUCUUCAAAGCCUACCAAUGUUACCUAUCAACAACGGCAGGUCCCAUCGCAGGUUUACUCUUCAUCUCAUCAAAGAAGAUUGCUUUCUGGAGCGAGAGAUCUAUCAAAGUGGCUUCACCUCAGGGAGAUCUCACUAGGGUUCACUACAAAGUGUCAAUCCCUUUGUGCAAAAUCAAGGGAGUGAACCAGAGUCUGAACACAAAGAAACCAUCUAAAAAAUACAUUGAAGUAGUCACGGUCGAUAAUUUUGACUUCUGGUUCAUGGGCUUCAUGAGCUACCAGAAAGCAUUCAAUUGUCUUGAGCAAGCGCUUUCUCUCGAGCAAUAACAAGCCGAAGGUUGAAGAGGAAAUAUUUCAUUUCUAAUUUAACAUAUUUUUCAUUCCAAGAAUGUUAAUUAGGAUAGAGCCUAGAAAAUUCAGACAAUAUUGUACAAACUCUUUUAUAACUCUCCUUUUGUUAUUUAUAUUCAUUGUUGACAAGAGCAUGAGAUUGAAUAUAUUUACUUGCAUCAUCUAUUUUCCUUAA